AUGGUCGGGUUCUUUCCAGCUUCUGAAUCUCACCAUUUUUCGCCCUCUCCUCUCCAUUCUCCGUCCUGUUGCUGCCUGCAGCCAGUUACCACAGGAACCACUGCUCCGCUGACGGAGAUCCUCGGGCACUUUGAACAUUUCACGGGGCUGCCCGUGGUGGACGGCGAGGGGCACUGCGUGGGCAUCGUGUCGGACAUGGACGUGGCGAGAUGCCAGAAGGGGGCUCUCGCGAGGAGCGCGGCGGAAGUGACUGUGGGUGACGUCAUGAGUGCGCCAGCCAUUGUGAUAGUGCAACACUCCCCUGUGGCGUAUGCAGCAGGGCUGAUGCUCAAACACAAGGUGCACCGGCUGCCAGUGGUGGACGACCACGGGGUGGUGGUGGGCAUUUGUCCGCACAUCGCGCUGAUUGAUCGGCAUCACAGCAUGGACGAGGCGAAUGGGAGCGGCGAUGCCGCCGCGCCGAUCGAAUCGCUGGCCUGUCUGCGCUGCAGCAAGCCCGCGCGCCUGCAGUGUCCCAAGUGCCUGGAGCUGAAGCUUCCGCGCACCAACGCCUCUUUCUGCUCGCAGGAGUGCUUCAAGGCGUCGUGGGCGGACCACAAGGUGCUGCACAAGGUGCCGCCCGCGGGGGAAGGCGCGGGUGCGGGCGCCGUCGCGGUGGUAGCAGCGGGCGCGGGGGAGGGGGAUGAAGUGGCGCCGUUCCUGCAGCAGGGGUGGCUGUACGUGCUGCGCAAGGGGCAGACGCGCGCCGCUAAGAUGCCCCCCUUCGACUGGACCGGUCCUCUACGCCCCUUCCCCGUGGCGCCGCGGCGCCCUGUGCCCGCCCACAUUCCGCGGCCUGACUGGGCCGACACUGGGCGGCCUGAGGAGGAGCCUAACAGCCAAUGGCAAAACAGCGUCGAGCACUGUCAUAUCACCCCCUUGCGCCCCCCCCCACCCUGCGCGCAUAUGUGCCGGCCCUUACUCGGUUGCCUCGUUACUGGAUGCUGCCCCUUCUCAGUCCUGUCCACUCCUCUCUCAUCCCAUUCUCUUGCCCACACUGCUCUCCUCCCUAAAGUCAACGUGCGCCGGUUGGUGUGUGUGCCCGUGCCCGUGUGUGUGCCCGUGUGUGCGCCUAUGUGUAUGCAGAUCAAGUCGCCAGAGCAAAUAGCACGAAUGCGGCAUACAUGCAAGGUGGCACGAGAGGUGUUGGACGUGGCAGCAGCCAUGAUCCGCCCGGGGGUCACCACAGACGAGAUCGACCGCGCCGUGCAUGACGCCACCAUCAAGGCCGGCGGGUACCCAUCGCCGCUCAAUUACUACUUCUUUCCCAAGUCCUGCUGCACGUACGUGCUCCCUCUUACGUCGGUGAACGAGGUGGUGUGCCAUGGAAUCCCGGACUGCAGGAAGCUGGAGGACGGUGAUAUUGUGAACGUGGACGUCACUGUCUACCUCAACGGCUGCCAUGGUGAUUUGAACGAGACCUUCUUUGUGGGCACGCCCAGUGACGCGUCCGUACAUCUCGUGCGCACCACUAUGGAGUGCCUUGAUAAGGCCAUUGCCAUGGUGAAGCCAGGGGUGCGGUUUCGGGAGGUGGGGGAGGUGAUCAGUCGCCAUGCCGCUCAAGCUGGUCUCUCCGUGGUGCGUACGUACUGUGGGCACGGCAUAGGAGAGCUAUUUCACUGUGCGCCCAACAUUCCCCACUACGCCAGUGAGUGA